GCCACAAAGACCUCACAUCAAGCUUUGCAGCUGGAAAGAAGACUUAAAAAUAGCAUUCAAAGAGAGCACUUCUAAGAAUAGACUGCAAAAUGACCAACUUCACAGAUGAAGAUCUGGACAACUAUUUACAAAAUCAGGUGGAUCUCAGGCAUUGUCAGGUUUCAAAGUCCAUAGAAGAUGUGCAAAAAAUCAUAAAAGAUCUUACAGCUGAGGUCAGCUCAAAGGAUGCUCGUUUCCAGUCCAUUGCAAACUCUGGAGUUCAUAAUGCCAGCCUCAAAGACCAGCCAGCUUUAGUGUCGAAAUGGACUGCAUUACUCCGAGGAAGAUGCGCAUACAACCCUGCCAUCCAA